AUGUUCAGACAAACCUUGCGCCAGGUCGCUAGACAAUCCAACUCCGUGGUCAGAAGAACCUACGCCACUGAGGCUUCCAGUUCCGAUGCCUUGAAGUUGUCGUUGGCUCUCCCACACCAGACUUUGUACUCUGAAUCUGAGGUUCAGCAGGUCAACUUGCCUUCCGUUAACGGAGACUUGGGUAUUUUGGCUAACCACAUCCCAAUUGUCGAGCAGUUGAGACCAGGAUUGUUGGAGAUCAUCUCCAAGGGUGGUGAGACCGAGCAGUACUUCGUUUCUGGAGGUAUUGCUACUGUCCAGCCAGGUAACAAGUUGACCAUUUCUGCCAUUGAGGCUUUCAAGCCAGAGCAGUUCGAUGCCCAGGAGAUCAAGUCAUUGAUUGCCGAUGCUCAGAAGAGAGCUUCUUCUUCCGAUGAGGUUGUUGUUGCCGAGGCUAACAUCCAGUUGGAGGUGUUGGAGGCAUUGCAGAACAUUGCCAAAUAA